CGGUCACGGACACCAGCAUGCAGACGAAUGAGCAGCAAAUUAUAGGUCACUGACGAGAGCCUCAUAGCGGUAAGAUGACAGCUGAUGCUGGUCUGCGUCGACAUGUAACAGGAGCAGUGAGUAAAUUGGUCAGCGGAUUCACGGAAUAUUCUCGUAUCGGAUUUUUUCGGUGUGGCACUUGCUUAGUAACUCGAACACGGGCUGUGCCAGGCAUGUAUCAGUAAUGCUCGACGUCCUCUAUAGUUUGACCACUACAAUCGGAAAUGUUGGACGACAGAAGGGCGAUGGAACUUCUUUUAAUCCCGCAAAACGGGACUGCAAAUACCCGUCGGGGACGGUGUGGAGUGGCAGCAAAAAGAGCCAUUUGACCGGAUCUCUUUUCGACAGCAGCUUCACUCCCGUUUCCAAUGGCACCGUACGGAAAAUGAAUCAAACAACAACUGAGAUUACAGUUCCUGGAUACAGCGUGAAAAGGGGUUCCUGGGCUCGAAGAAUUAAAGACCUUCUUGUGCCGCGGUAUAAAAGUCGAGAGUUGGACUACGGGUUAAGUCUUUCAGAGUCUUUGAUUGUUCCAACUUCCUCGCCUUCCUUGUCGAACAUCAGUGUGACGUUGAAGGAGGAACAAAGUCGGAUCUUUGCAUGUUUUUUAUACUAUGAGUUCGACUCUUCGUAUAGAUCUUGAAGGUGGGUGUCUGAUCGAAGUGGCUAUACAUGUUCGGUGUUUUUGUGAUGAGGGGCGAAAGGACUGCGUUGUCCCGUAGAUGUUGGAGCUUGGGAUGGCCCUACAGUUGCAGAUUUCGCUGUUCAGAGGAAAAAGUUCCGUCGCUUGUCCUGCAUCUUAUGCCAGAGAAAGAUACUAUCACGGCUCUGUUCCAGUACGAAGAGCGUCGCAACAUUGUGAUGAUGACGUCGACAAACAUUCACGAGUUAGAAAGCAACCCUUCGUCUUCCCGGAGGAGUGCAGUGGAAUACCUAGGCGAACGCAGUGACAAAACAGGAGACGCUUCCGGGUGGAAAAGCAUGGAUCAGCGUGAGGCAGAUCUGUCUUGUCGAUCGUCCGGAAGUCAACUGUGCUUUUAGUGCCUUCAUCAGUCGGGUGCUCACAGAACGGCUAGGCCGUCCAUUAGUGUCUCUUUUUUGUUGCAGGCUCCUUCAGCUGCAUGUCCUUCUCAGACACAAGUCUCUUCUCUCCGUGACAAAACAGAAUCUCCUCCGUACACUUCAUAGAGCCACUGCCCUUUCGCGCCAACAACCGCUUCGGGUUAGUUCACUGUCGGUUCUCGGUGUGGCGUUCUUCCACGACCCCG